GGGCCACAAUCAAUCCAGAGAGGAGGAGAUAUCGAGGGAACGCAAAGGAAGGGAUAUUCUUUCACCUACCCUACUACUAGCCUUCUCCCCAAGUUAUCUUCCGGGCGGAGAUCUAAUUCUAUCUCAUCAGCUAUUCGACAGAGAAGAGAAGAUGAAGAUAUUUGUGAAAACUCUCAAGGGGACUCACUUCGAGAUCGAAGUUAAACCCGAUGAUUCGGUUGCUGAUGUGAAGAAGAACAUAGAGACUGCGCAGGGAGCUGAUGUUUAUCCUGCUGCAAAACUGAUGCUUAUUUACCAAGGGAAAGUGCUUAAAGAUGAGACCACCAUUGAGGAUAACAAAGUUGCUGAGAACAGUUUCAUUGUCAUUAUGAUGACCAAGAGUAAACCUUCCUCAACUGGAGCCUCUAGUGCAUCUGCUGGCCCUACAGUGCAGGCUAAGUCGAUUCCUACCUCAUCAACUUCCCCUCAGCCUCCAGUUUCUGUAGCAAUACCAGCUGCACCUGCACCGACCCCUGCACCAACACCUACAGCUGUCACUGAAACUGUACCUGCAACUGAAGUUGUUUCUGCUACUGUACCAGCAAGCACUCCUGCACCCGAAUCAACUCCUGCUGGAUCUCAGACUGAUGUUUACGGACAAGCUGCUUCGAAUCUGGCUGCUGGAAGUAAUUUAGAGAGUACCAUUCAGCAGAUUCUUGACAUGGGUGGAGGAACAUGGGAUCGUGACAUUGUUGUCCGUGCACUCCGUGCUGCAUUUAACAACCCUGAAAGAGCUGUGGAAUAUCUUUACUCUGGGAUCCCUGAGCAAGCUGAAGUUCCACCAGUUGCUCGUGCCCCAGCUAGUGGUGGACAGCCAGCAAAUCCUCCAGUACAGACUCAGCAACCUGCAGCGGCACCUGCAACUGGUCCUAAUGCAAAUCCGUUAGAUCUCUUCCCACAGGGGUUGCCAAAUGUUGGAGCAAAUCCUGGUGCCGGAACACUUGACUUUCUGCGUAACAGCCAACAGUUCCAAGCUCUUCGAACAAUGGUGCAAGCAAAUCCUCAAGUUCUGCAGCCUAUGCUUCAGGAACUGGGAAAGCAAAACCCAAACUUGAUGCGGUUGAUUCAAGAACAUCAAGCUGAUUUUUUGCGUUUAAUCAAUGAGCCCGUUGAAGGAGGGGCAGAAGGCGGCAACCUCUUCGGCGAAGGAAUGCCACAGCCACAGGCGAUCCAGGUCACACCUGAGGAACGCGAUGCAAUUGAACGGCUGGAAGCGAUGGGAUUUGAGAGAGCACUGGUGUUGGAAGUGUUCUUUGCGUGCAACAAGAACGAGGAGAUGGCGGCAAACUAUCUUCUAGAUCACAUGCAUGAGUUCGAGGAAUAGCUUCUUCAGUAAAAUUGGCUUGUUCUUCUCAUUGGUCCGUAUGUUUAUUUUACAUACUGUGUGAUGCCAAGUUCGAACCAGAGAUGUUGAUGAGCUUGUUACUCAUCCAUGGUCAUGGAUUCUCUCAGUUUAAAAUGGAGUUUCUCAUUUGCUAUGUCUUUGUGUUGUCGUGGAUCGUAUUUCGUCGUUACAAAAUCUCAUGUUCGUAUUAUUAUUUCUUUUUGUCGAACUGGGGACAUGUAUUGUUAUGUAUGAAUCUUAAUAGUAAAAGUAAAAACAAAACAUGAAAAACCAAAAUUGAUACACUGUAA